GCCCACGCACAGCUGUUUACAUCUCUCCAUCUCCCUCGCACGCUUUUCGCUGGGCUGUGAAUUUCUUUUUUUUUUGUGUAUUAAACAAAUUGUUUAAACAAGUUGCAAAGUUACGGCCUUAAUGGCGGUGUAAUCCAAUAUCGGUUGUAAACAACAAGUUGUGGGCGGGAAGUGUAGCAUAAACAUUUCGGGGGAUGCCAUUUGCAACAUGAAAGCGACCAAUCAGCGAGGCAACAACAACAACAUGGCGCACCUGCAACAAAAUUCUUCAUGUUGACGUCAACAAAGUGAAAUCCGAGCAAUAAAACCCGAAGAUAAAGUGCGAAAGGAAAGAAAGGAGCCACCUAAACGGAUAGCAAGGUGAAGAGGAGCCGUCAAGGAGGAGCAGGAAGAGAAGCAUCCUAUCCAGGACUUCCCACCCAACCAUGUACUCCGAGUGGGCCUCGCUGUCCGCCCAAAUCACGGCCAACAGUUGUGGCGCCCAGUGCUUCAGUGUCCUCAACAAGUUCCCCGCCUCCGCAGGACGCGAAGUGGUCGUCUCGGUGGUCAAGCAGCUGGGCACCAAUCUGGGGAUCACCCAAAAUGCGGAGCCCAGUCACCUGGUCAAGGAUGAAGAGGUAAAAUGGUGCAUGGACGUGAUCUGCUUUGGACUUUCGCUGCCGCUGCAGGAGCACGAGACAAUCAAGGACUGCGUGAACGUGUACUGCGAAUGGCUGACGGCGCUGCAUCCGCAGCCGAGGAUCAGUGUCCCCAAGCCGAUCUGCGAGGAUGCCAAUUUGUAUGCCCGCCAGAUCAUCAACCACUUCCACAAUCUGUUUGUGCCGCGACAGGGUGAAAUCUUGCCAUUUCUAUACCAAACCACGCUUGGUGCAGAUACGAUUAAGCGGCAGGCAGUGCUCUGCCAUCGGGUGCUGCGAACUCUACAACAAACUGCCCAGAUAUCGCAGCUAAUGGAUCGGCAGACGUGGGACACUCUGCUCCUCUUCCUGCUGGCCAUCAAUGAGAUCCUGCUGGCUCCACCGACCGUUAAGGACGAUGUGGGUGACCAGCUGUGUGAGCGAGUGCUCUCCGUGCUCUUCGAGGUCUGGCUUUUGGCCUGCGUGCGCAGCUUUCCCUCGCCGUCGAUGUGGAAAACGUUACAGGAAUCCUGCGCCAUGUGGCGACAUCGUGUGGCGCUUGUAGACCAAUGGAAUCGGGUGAAUCUGGCACUCACCGCUCGCCUGCUGGAAUUCAGCUAUGGUCCUGCAUUUCCCCAGCUCAAAAAUGCUGACGAGGAUGGUCAACUGAUACCCAUUGGCAUGUCCAAUGACUGCGUGGCGCAGACUUGGUACCGCUUCCUGCGGAUGAUUGGCAACCCGACGGCCCUCUGUUCACCACAUAUCAUCAGCAAAUCGUCGCACUUUGUGCAGUGGGCCUUGACCCAUGAAAAGGGCGCCGAAACGCAUCAGCAUCCGUGUCUGCAGCAGCUGCCGCAGAUAUUCCUCAAUGCCAUGAAGGGAAUCUCCAGCCAAGUGGACGCUUUUCUAGGCGUUUAUCAGCCGCCGGCGCAGCAAACGGAGGGUGUGGUGACCAACCUGCUGGAGAUCCGGCACUCCCUCAACGAGGCCACCUCUUCGACCCUGCAGCAGUUCAUCCACUCGAGCAGCUCGACAAACAUAGCGAAUCAGCACCAGAAUCAGGCCAAUCAUCAUCACCAUCACCUGCACUAUCCGCAUUUGCAUUUACAUGGCGCCGGCAGCUUUCUGCGCGACAACUUCAUGAGUAACUCGGCCAGUUCCGCUCUGAAUGCGAUAAUGGGACACCAUGGCAGUCACCACCAUCAUCAUCAUCAGCAGCAGCAGCAGCAGCAGCAUCAGCAUCAGCAGCUCCAGAUAAGUGCCUCGCCCACCAGCAGUUUGUCAACGGCUGGAGGCUCCGCCGUGGGCAGUACAAGUGCCGGAGGAAGUCACUCCGCCGGAGUCGUCGGCAGCAUCUCCUUUGGCACCACCGAUUCGACCGGACUGCCCGCCUCUGCCACGCCCACGCCGCCUCUGCAGAGGCGCUUGGCCAAGAGCUUCAGCGUUGCGCCGACCAUCACACAGCAGAAGGGCUUGAGCAAGACCUCGCUUAUUGGGCUCACCGGCGGCGGUGCACGCAACGCGAUCACCGGCAGCAGCAGCGGCAGCACCACCGCCUCCAGCGGCACCGCUGCGAGUGGCACGACCGCCACUGGAGGUGUCGCCUCCUCCGCGUCCGCCAUCGGUGGCUCGGCCGGUGGAGCGGGCAUCCCCGCCGGCGCGGGAAUACCCACGGGUGUGGGAGCGGGAGCGGGCAGCGGAUCCGCUCCUGCUGCGGCGCCCACAACUCCCACGUCCACUUCGGGUCCGCCGUCGGCCAGCAGCAGCAUCAACUCUCUGCCGCUGACUUCGAUGGGAGCGGGCGUUGAGUUGGCCGUGGCCAGGCCCAAGUGCAACAGCAUUCUCCACGUAUUCCACGAGUGGCUCUUCGAGGCGGCGCACAUCGGAGGCGACACUUGGCGCCAGAACCGCAAGAAGCAAGCAUGCGAGGCCAGUAAGCGGCCAUCGUCGAUGAUCAUGGAGCACCGCAAAGGAUCGAUUUCCCUGUCGCAGCCGAACUCGCUGAACGAUCCACAGUCGCUGCCGCCCACUUUAACCAUUGACAAGUAUGAAUCCGGAAGGGCGGAGGCCAUUGGAACGCUGUGCAAAAUCUUCUGUGCGAAGAAGACGGGCGAGGAGAUCCUUCCCGUCUAUCUGGCGCGAUUCUACAUGGCACUGCAGCAGUGCCUGAAGAUCACGGAGUCGCGGGAGUGCGACGAAACGCUGGCCAGCAUCCUGCUGCACUCAAGUGACCUUUUCCGUUUGGAUCUCGACGGGAUCAAUGUGCUGCUGCCGGGCUUCAUUGCCGCCUUGGAAAUUGUGCUGCCCGACAAGGAUCUUAAGCUGAAAACCCAGUCGAUGGUGUUCAAUCGCACCGAGCUGCGUCGAUCGGCCAUCAAUAUACUGCUAUCCAUUAUGGUGCUGCCUUUGCAUUAUCAAACGUUGCCCAUUAGGGAUUUAACCAGCGAAACGAGCGAGAAAAUGUUCACCUUCAUUCAGCUGAAGUCGCGACUCAUGAACAUCCUGAUGAACGCACUGCAGGUGGAAACGGAUGCCCAAAACACACACAUGCUGCUGGGUGGUUUGCUCCUCUGCGUCCAGGAUGCCGUCACCUUUGAGGAAACGGAACUGGGCGGCGGUGGAAAUGCCAGCCUCUCGCACAAUUCCAGUGGAGUGCAGCACCACGAGACCAAUUUGCUGAGUUCCGCGUGCUCGGAGCGUUCCGCUUCGCUGGUCAGCGCUGGCACAGCCAGCUUGGGCGGCCAGACGACGGCCACCAUGGGAGCGGGAUCGGGCUCCAUUCGCGACACCGCCUCCGCCCACGACUACCCCAGCCUGACCAUUUCCGAUGACAUGUCAUUCGAGUUCGGCCAGGAGCUGGAGGGCGUGACCACCUAUGAUAAUGCCCAUGCCUUAUUUGUGCGUGCGACGUAUUUGGUUUGUCAUCGACUGAUUUCGUCGUGGAAGACGGAUCUUAAUGUUUCGCUGGCCGCCUUGGAAUUGCUUUCUGGUUUGGCCAGGCUACAUAUCCGGGAAACAGACACCUUAGUGAAAAUAUACGAAGCUAGUCAGAAUCUAACGAUAAUCUCCUCAGACGCUCUAGAGUGCAAGCGGGCCGUCAAGUGGAUCUGUGACUAUAUCUGCUACCAGUGCUCCCGACCGCCGCCGGCGCACAGCAAGGACCUGCACAGCACCAUUGUGGCGGCAUUCCAGUGCACCGCCGCCUGGCUGAUGCAGCAUCCGUAUCUCCUGCAGGACAAGGAUUGCCUGCAAACGGUGCUCGAGGUGGUGGAGCUGGGAAUUUCCGGAACCAAGAGCCAGAGCAAGGGCACCGACAUCCCCAAGUUCAAGGACGAAAAGGAACUGAAGCCGGCUUCCAUGCGAGUGCGAGAUGCUGCCGAGAAUCUCCUGACGAUUAUCCUCGAGCAGGUGGGCUACUUCCCCAGUGAAUGUGGUCCCGAAUCCAUUUCCUCGCUGCUGGACGAACUCGCCCUCAUGAAGCACUGCAAUUCCAUGGUUCCGGCAGCGGCGGCCAGCAGCGAGCAGGCGAUUGCCAAGUUCAAGUACUUUGUCACCGAGAACUCGACCAUAUUGGCGCUGCUGGAGGAGCCACUCGGCAAUGACCAGGAUCCACAGCCAACGGUGACUUUACUUAUACGCGGUCCCUUUGGACGACAUGCGUGGACCAUGCAGCUGCGUCAUCUUCCCCGCAGCAAAUCCGGCAUCAAGUACCAUGCCGUGAAUCCCGGAAGACCCAUACCCAUGAACGAUGUUACCCAGCGACCGGACUGCGAGCAGAAGCACUUUCCCGACGGCGUGGACAAGGUUCAGCCCUGCGUGGCCGACUAUUCCAUACCGACAAUCGAGCAGAUGCGCGAGCAAUAUGGCACCGCUAGUAUUAGGGAGCUGGAAUCGAUGCUGGAGAACCAGAGCAUCCACGAGAAGCUCGCCUGGGCGGAGGCGGACACCAGUGCGGAUAGCCUGUCGCAUGCGCAGGAAUGCGUGCCGCCUGCCGUUUGCCAUGAGUUCCAUGCGGCGCGUCUGUUCCUCUCGCACUUCGGCUUCCUUGGCUUCGAGACGCGCAAUCCACACAAUCCCGCCGAGGCGCUGGGCAAUCCCCCGCAGCGACCGCUCAUCGUGCUGGACACCAAGUCGACGGCCUUCGCCGCCGAUCUGGAUCGACUGGACAAGCUGAGUGCCAGGACGCACGACACCGUCUAUGUGUUCUAUGUGAAGUCUGGCCAAACGAGUGCCCAUCAGAUCAUCGGGAACAUGGGUGAGGAGCAGUCGGCCAGUCAUGAUCCGCAUUUCGCCACCAUGCUGCAAACACUUGGUUGGCCCGUUCAGGUGGCAGAGCACUCCGGCUGGACGGGAUUCGCGCACAACUCGUGGUCGCUGAAGGGAACGCCCGAGGAGCCGCUGAAGUCCACGGCCAGCGAGCUCAACUACAAUGGCUCGCAGCGGGUGCUCUACUGGGCGGAUGUCUCCUCGGAGAUCGCCUUCGUGGUGCCGACGACGUGGAAUCUCCGCCACAACAGCGACACCAGCGAUGGUGGCAGCAUCUCCAGCACGGAUCAGAUUGGCUCCAGCAAUGUUUGGUCGCGCGGAGAGGCGGAGAGUUCGUCUGGCUUGGCGAAAUCCAAGUCGAGGAAUCUUAGCCUGGAACUGGACACAAAUCGCAGGGAUGCUAAGGAGCCAGUGCCGCCGACGCGGCGAAAAGGAAACGUGACGAAGCCCACUUUGUUGGCUCAAGCGCCUGCGAAGAUCUUCCUGGUUUGGCUGGAGAGCUACGAGGAUUACCUCAACUUUCCGCUGGAGGAUUUGCUGGCCUACACGCGAACCGGCGAGGAGCUGCACACGCUGCAACUGCCGCGUGCCUCCGACUGUCACGUGAUCUUCGUGCACUCGCUGCUCUCCGGAUUGCUGAGGGUGAAGCUGCAGGGUCCGCCGGGCAGGAUGAGCUUCGCCACGCCGCUGGUCGAUGGCAUGGUCUUGAGCAGGCGGGUGGUCGGCAAUCUGGUGCGACAGACGGCAUUAAACAUAUCUCGCCGAAGGCGACUGGACAAUGAUAACUAUCAACCACCGCAUGUGCGACGACGACUCAAGGUGCAGGACAUUGUCCAGAAGUACAAAAUGGAUCUGAGCGAGGCCGAGCUGCUGGCCCAUCUGUUUCAGCGUGCAAUUUAGCCGGCUAAUUCGUGCGAAAGUAUUACUAUUAACCCGAUACCUAGGAUAAGUGCCAGCGCGAGUGGUUGGUUCCAAUUGUCCAAUUCCCUGUCUGUAUUAACGUGUGCUUAACUAAAAUGGAAACCCACAAACUGAUUCGUAAUCGGUGUCCACUGAGUGUUACCCGGAACAUAAUCGUAUGCUAAUUAUUAUUUUUUGCUAAUAAAUCGAAUUAUACUUUGUAAAAGUAUUUGUAAUAUUAUAA